GAACUCCUCUCUGCUUCUGCAAAUGCUCCUUGUAAUUGAUUAUCUAAAGAUUUGCCUUUGACUUAACAUUUGGAGUUUGGUCUUUUGUUCAUUUGGCUAUUUGGCUUUAAGCCUUAAUAUUAGUAACAUGGUAGCUUUAGUGAACUUCUUUUUAGAAGAGCUUUUCUCUCCUCCCACACAAUCUUAUUUGAGUCCCUUAGUCAGUCAGCAAGCAUGCUUGGAACAGUACCCAGUGCUUUGCAAGGGUUCAUAUUGCAGGACAGUCAUGUAUGGGUAUUUAUAGUUAUAAAUAUUUGACUAGUCUCCAGGAAUGAACCUUCCAACCCUUGAAAACAACUCCAUUGCCCAUUACCAAGCUAACCUUUACUCUAAGUGCCAGAUUUGACUGUGGCAGAGCAUCUUUCAUUGAGAAAUAAACAAAAUGGAACAUAAUGGGUCUGCCUCAAACGCUGAUAAAAUCCACCAGAAUCGCCUGUCGAAUAUUCCAGAAGAUGAAGAUCAAGAUGCUGCUCUCACCAUUGUGACUGUGCUGGACAAAGUAGCCGCCAUCGUGGACAGUGUGCAGGCCAGCCAGAAGAGAAUAGAGGAGAGACACAGGCACAUGGAAAAUGCCAUAAAAUCCGUCCAGAUUGACCUCCUGAAGUUUUCACAGUCACACAAUAAUACUGGUUACGUCAUUAACAAGUUGUUUGAGAAAACCCGAAAAGUCAGUGCUCAUAUUAGAGAUGUGAAGGCCCGUGUGGAGAGGCAACAAGUCCAGGUUAAAAAAGUAGAAACCAAGCAAGAGGAAAUAUUGAAGAAAAACAAAUUCCGUGUGGUCAUAUUCCAGGAGAAGAUUCAGUGUCCAACAUCCCUAUCUAUUGUUAAAGAUAAAAAUCUAAGUGAGGAUCAAGAGGAAGAGGAAGAUGUCUUUGAUCCUCCAAUCGAUCUAUCUUCGGAUGAAGAAUAUUAUGUUGAAGAAAGCAGAUCUGACAAGCUUAGAAAGUCAGGCAAGGAACAUAUUGAUAACAUCAAAAAGGCAUUUUCUAAGGAAAACAUGCAGAAGACACGGCAGAAUUUUGACAAAAAAGUAAGCAGAAUCAGAACUAGAAUUGUGACCCCAGAGAGGAGGGAGAGGCUAAGACAGUCAGGAGAGAGGCUGAAACAGUCAGGAGAGAGGCUGAAACAGUCAGGAGAGAGGCUGAAACAGUCAGGAGAAAGAUUUAAGAAAUCGAUUUCUAAUGCAGCUCCUUCAAGGGAAGCUUUUAAGAUCCGUAGCCUUCGGAAAGGUAAAGACCGAACUGUGGCUGAAGGCCCAGAAGAGGUCAGGGAGAUGGGCGUGGACAUCCUUGCCAGAAGCGGGUCUCUGGGCCCGGUCAGUGAGUUCUGUAGUGAUGAGCUCAGUGAAACAGACCAUGAGGAGGCCAAGGCAGUGUGUCCUGCACAGGAUGGUGGGGACAUCCCCACCCCAGAGCCUCUAAAAGUUACUUUUAAACCUCAGGUGAAAGUAGAGGAUGACGAAUCUCUUUUGGUAGAUUUAAAACCGUCGUCAUAAAGAAGAAUUAAGUAUCAGUACAGAGCUCUUUAAUCAUACAGUUAUCGUUUAAAUAGUAUAGUCAUUUAUUUCACAUGCCAUAUAGGAAAACAUAAGUGCGUUUGGCUGUUUCACUUCUUAGGUUUAAAAUCAUAAAGAUACUACAAGUAUUAUGUACAUUAGCUUGUAACUUGGCUUGGAAAUAUUUUUCUUCCUCUGGGCUUACAAGAUUCUAGUAUCUUGUUUUCUUAGGUCAGUCUUAUGGCAGCUGUGGGUUUUUAAAUCCCUUUUCUCUUGUCCACCAGAAAAUGUUUCUUGGAAGGGCCAGUUAGAGAUUUGUUAGUCUGAAACAAAUGAAGGGUAGAUGUGUGGCCAUCCUGUGCAAGUGAAUUCUCGGUUUGGUCUAUAUUAAUGUGGCCAAACUCAAAAGGGAAUAGCUUCUGUGAGCUAUGUUGUUUGUAUGUUCAAAUGAAUAUAUUCAUUAACACAUUAGCAGUCAUACCUCUUUUGGUGAUUUUGCAUUAAAAAAAUCAGGCUCUGGACUUGAGCAUUUGGUAGUAGGAUGAGAGGGUUUGCUUGUCCUGCCAAACUCAGAGAUUUAUGAAGACCAAAGGGAAACCUUAUACAUUCUGGAAAGCAAGCAGCACAUAUGGAGAAGCCAAUCCCUACUGAUCCCUCAAAAGCAGAAUCAAAAUAAACCUGAAAGAACUUUGUGUGCCAAAUGGGAACUAGGUUGGACAGAAACAAAAUAUGGUCAUCAGAAGCCUUUUCCCAGACUAGGAAUGAAAACUAAAGGUUUGGGUGACAUCUUUUCAUCAAAGACUAAAAUCAGACCUUGGGUUUUAAAAUGUUGCCUGGAAAAAUCCUUUUCUAAUUUCUUUUGAUUUAGAUCUGUGGUGCAUUAUAGCUGAGCAGCAUGGAGCAUGAAAGUGUGUCUGUCUUCACGAGUCUUUUCUCGUCAGAGUUGGUGCACUGGGUUGGGAAUGACCUCAGAUAUUUCUCUCUUCCAGAGUGAGCCCCUUAGGGCCCAUUCGUUCAAUACAGUGUUCAUAGGAGUUCAUCACAUCUGCUUUGGGAAGAGGCCAGAUUGCACUUAUCUGUUAAGCAGUAGAUAUUAUUGCCAAAGAAAGAGAAAUGGUUACAUUGAUUCUGGACUUCUGGUAUGUUUAAAUAUUCCAGCUUGUAUCCGGAAGAACGAUGGAAUUGUUGAAUUUGAAGAGUUUGGAUAACAAUCAGCUUUCAGAUCAGUUUUGGAUGGUCAUGUGAUUGUUAAGUUUCUAAUGUUACAUGCACAGACACAGAUAAAAAUCAGCUUUAAAAUAUUUGACUCACUUAGAUGUUUGAGUUUGCAAGGUGUGGUUCAGCAUCAUUUUCUCUGAACUUUUUUUUUUAACUUAUACAGAAAUGAAGUAUGGUCAUCAGAAUCCCUUUUCCCAGAACUAGCAAUGAAAACUAAGUGUUUGGGUGACAUCUUUUCAUCAAAAACUAAAAUCAGACCUUGGGUUUUAAAAUGUUGCCUGAAAAUCCUUUUCUAAUUUCUUUUGAUUUAAAUCUGUGGUGCGUGUGUGCAAUAUUGAACAAUUUCAGAAAUGUUACACAUUAGAAAGAGCUUGUUGCCAAAUCAUCUAUUUCUUUAAAGCCAUAAUAUAUUUGAAUUUUAAAAGAUGAUAUUAUAUAAAUGAAUGCACACAACAGGACAUGGAUUUUUACAUAGGAGCUCUUAUAGUAUGUAGGUUUUUAGGUUACGAAGGAUGUUUGUUUGUUUGUUUUUAAGAAGGAAUUUUAUGUUUCUUUCUCUAGCACCAUGUAGAGUAAGUACCAAUUAGGCUGAAAUAUUUUUCUGCAAAUAUUAUUGUCAAGGAAUUUUUAUGAAGUUCAUUUACUUACUGACCCAUUUUAUAAUGAGAAUUGACCUAUCAUGAAACAUUUCCCAUAGAGAUAUAUUUGAAUUUUGAUGAAGAAAGAAUUAUAAGCUGGUCAGCUCUUCAUCAUGAUAUGUGCAGCCCCAGCAACACUAAAUUUCAUGUUCUCAGAUGAUGAUUACAGGACUUUCUUAGUACCAGGCUAUUCCCUCCAUGCUUCUUCUAUCCCUGACAUUUCUCCACAUAUUUAUGGUACCUCUGAGUUUCAUGUUCAUGUUUUUUUUUUUCUUUCAGUUUAUUUUUUUCAUACAAAGAAUAUUUUUACAGUGGGCUACACAGUCAUAUAGCCCCAUUUAGUACAAGAAUAUGCUAGUGCCCAUUAUUUUAAAAGUCUCAGGCCACUGGAAUAGAUACUCUUCUGUGUUAUUAAAAUUAUACAAGUCAGAUUUUAAAAAAAUUAUUCAAUAAAAUCAAUAGCCAGGGGUCUCCCUAGUGGGGAGGGGUUACAAAUCUAAGUGCUUUCACGCAAUUGCCAACCACUGUAGCAUGAGUUUGAAUCCCGGCCAGGGAGGUGACCCACAUGGCACAGCAGACCUCUCC